GUAUUAAUCCAAAUUAAUCACAUACACUCAUGGAGAGAACUUGCUUUGCUCUUUUGCAUGUAGUGUCGUUAGUGCAUUGUCCUUUGGCUUGUUUAGCUGCUGGGAGUGUCACCAACAUUACUAGUGACCAAUCUUCUCUUCUUGCCUUGAAAGCCCACAUAACUCUUUAACUCUCGUGGUGUCUUGGCUAACAAUUGGUCCACAGCUACCUCUGUUUGUAACUGGAUUGGGGUCACUUGCGGCACUCGCCACCUACAAGUGACAUCUUUGAAUAUUUCUAACAUGGCUCUUGAAGGUACAAUUCCACCACACCUAGGUAACCUCUCGUUUGUCGUUUCCCGUUUCCCUCGACCUUAGUACCAACAAUUUCAGUGGUCAUCUGCCCUAUGAAUUAUCUCAUUUGCGUCGACUGAAAUUCAUGAAUUUGAAAUUUAACAAAUUUAGUGGACAGCUUCCAUCAUGGUUGGGUGUCUUAGCUGAACUGCAAGAGUUAAUUCUUCAUAACAAUAGUUUUACAGGUACUAUCCCACCUUUCCUCUCCAACAUAUCGAUGUUAGAACACUCGGAUUUAUCUUCCAAUUUUCUACAUGGAAUGAUUCCACAAACCAUUUUCAAUAUCUCGUCGCUGCAACUGAUUGCUUUUACGAACAAUAGCUUACCUGAUAAUCUACCAAUGGAUAUGUGCCAUCGUCUUUCAAACCUCCAAUUGCUUCAUCUAUCUUUCAAUGAGUUACAUGGCGAAAUCCAUCAAGUUUAUAGGAGUGCUCAGAACUCCAAAGUUUGUCACUAUCAUUUAACAAAUUCAAUGCACCUAUUCGUAGAGGGAUUUGGAAUUCAACUGUGCUCACGCACUUAUAUCUUGGCCUUAACAACUUCGAAGGUGAAAUUCCAGAGGACAUGGGUAACCCUCGUAAUUUGGAGGUAUUAGCAAUACAGCGUACCCGCCUCAUUGGUCGCAUUCCAUCAUCCAUAUUUAACAUUACUUCUUUGAAACAGAUUUCAUUUUUUGAGAACAACUUGACUGGUAUGAUCCAUUUAG